GCGGGAGGCGCCUCCGCUUAAGGGAGCCGGCCGGGCGCCGCAGCUCGGACUGACGGGCGGACGGAAGGAAGGAGCGGGGCAGCCGGGCCAGGCCCGGGGAUGCGAGCAGCCGCCGGGUGGGCAGCUGGAGGACCUGGGGAGCGGAAAGAAUGUCGGAGCGGGCCGCGGAUGACGUCAGGGGGGAGCCGCGCCGCGCGGCGGCGGCGGCGGGCGGAGCAGCGGCUGCGGCCGCUCGGCGGCAGCAGCAGCAGCAGCAACAGCCUUCGCAGCCCCAGCGGCAGCAUUCGCCGCCGCCGCCGCCGCGGCGUCCACGGCCGGAGGACGGCGGGCCCGGCGCCGCCUCCACCUCGGCUGCCGCAAUGGCGACGGUCGGGGAGCGCAGGCCCCUGCCCAGUCCUGAAGUAAUGCUGGGACAGUCGUGGAAUCUGUGGGUUGAGGCUUCCAAACUUCCUGGAAAGGACGGGACAGAAUUGGACGAAAGUUUCAAGGAGUUUGGGAAAAACCGCGAAGUCAUGGGGCUCUGUCGGGAAGACAUGCCAAUAUUUGGUUUCUGUCCAGCCCAUGAUGAUUUCUACUUGGUGGUGUGUAACGACUGUAAUCAGGUUGUCAAACCGCAGGCAUUUCAAUCACAUUAUGAAAGAAGACAUAGCUCAUCCAGCAAGCCUUCUUUGGCUGUUCCUUCCACUUCAGUAUUUUCCUUCUUCCCUUCUCUGUCAAAAAGCAAAGGAGGCAGUGCAAGUGGAAGCAACCGUUCUUCCAGUGGAGGUGUUCUUAGCGCAUCCUCAUCAAGUUCCAAGUUGUUGAAAUCGCCCAAAGAGAAACUGCCGCACAGGGGGAACACCAGGCCAAUGCAUCCCAUCCAGCAAAGUAGAGUCCCCCAUGGUAGAAUCAUGACGCCCUCUGUGAAAGUGGAAAAGAUUCAUCCGAAAAUGGAUGGCACACUACUGAAAUCUGCGGUGGGGCCAACCUGUCCUGCUACUGUGAGUUCUUUAGUCAAGCCUGGCCUUAACUGCCCCUCAAUACCAAAGCCAACCUUGCCUUCACCUGGACAGAUUCUGAAUGGCAAAGGGCUUCCUGCACCGCCCACUCUGGAAAAGAAAUCUGAAGACAGUUCCAAUAAUAGGAAAUCUUUAAAUAAGAGAUUAUCAGAAAGAGAGUUUGAUCCUGACAUCCACUGUGGGGUUAUUGAUCUCGACACCAAGAAACCCUGCACCCGGUCUUUGACAUGUAAGACACAUUCCUUAACCCAGCGCAGGGCUGUCCAGGGUAGAAGAAAACGAUUUGAUGUGUUAUUAGCCGAGCACAAAAACAAAACCAGGGAAAAGGAAUUGAUUCGCCAUCCGGACUCUCAGCAACCACCGCAGCCUCUCAGGGACCCGCAUCCCGCCCCUCCUAGAACGUCACAGGAGCCGCACCAAAACCCUCAUGGAGUGAUUCCUUCCGAAUCAAAGCCUUUUGUAGCUAGUAAACCUAAACCUCACACCCCCAGUCUUCCAAGGCCUCCAGGCUGCCCUGCUCAGCAAGGUGGGAGUGCCCCCAUUGACCCUCCUCCAGUCCAUGAAUCUCCACACCCUCCCCUGCCUGCCACUGAGCCAGCUUCUCGGUUAUCCAGUGAGGAGGGCGAAGGCGAUGACAAAGAAGAGUCUGUUGAAAAACUGGACUGUCAUUAUUCAGGUCAUCAUCCUCAGCCAGCAUCUUUUUGCACAUUUGGGAGCCGGCAGAUUGGAAGAGGCUAUUACGUGUUUGACUCCAGGUGGAACCGGCUUCGCUGCGCCCUCAACCUCAUGGUGGAGAAGCAUCUGAAUGCACAGCUAUGGAAGAAAAUCCCACCAGUGCCCAGUACCACCUCACCCAUCUCCACACGUAUUCCUCACCGGACAAACUCUGUGCCGACAUCACAAUGUGGAGUCAGCUAUUUGGCAGCAGCCACUGUCUCUACAUCCCCAGUCCUGCUCUCGUCCACCUGCAUCUCCCCAAAUAGCAAAUCGGUACCAGCUCAUGGAACCACACUAAAUGCACAGCCUGCUGCUUCAGGGGCGAUGGAUCCUGUGUGCAGUAUGCAAUCCAGACAAGUGUCCUCUUCAUCCUCAUCCCCUUCUACGCCCUCUGGCCUUUCCUCGGUUCCCUCCUCUCCUAUGUCCAGGAAACCUCAGAAAUUGAAAUCCAGCAAGUCUAUGAGGCCCAAGGAGUCUUCUGGUAACAGCACUAACUGUCAAAAUGCCAGUAGCAGUACCAGUGGCGGCUCAGGAAAGAAACGCAAAAACAGUUCCCCACUGUUGGUUCACUCUUCCUCUUCCUAUUCGUCUUCUUCCUCCUCCUCUUCUUCUCAUUCCAUGGAAUCUUUUAGGAAAAACUGUGUGGCUCACUCUGGGCCUCCCUACCCCUCAACGGUAACAUCUUCCCAUAGUAUCGGCCUCAACUGUGUGACAAAUAAAGCAAACGCGGUGAACGUCCGGCAUGACCAGUCAGGGAGAGGCCCCCCCAGCGGGAGCCCUGCUGAAUCCAUCAAGAGGAUGAGUGUGAUGGUCAAUAGCAGUGAUUCCACUCUUUCUCUUGGGCCAUUCAUUCACCAGUCCAGUGAACUGCCUGUCAACUCCCAUGGCAGUUUUUCCCACUCACACACUCCUCUAGACAAACUCAUAGGAAAGAAAAGAAAGUGUUCACCCAGCUCGAGCAGCAUCAGCAGCAACAGCAGCAGCAAACCCACAAAGGUUGCCAAAGUGCCAGCCAUGAACAACGUCCAUAUGAAACACACAGGCACCAUCCCAGGGGCACAAGGACUGAUGAACAAUUCCCUUCUUCAUCAGGAUAUCUCCUCACCUUGCUUACGAACAGGAAUUUCAGCAACAUCACCCCAGAGCCCUGACUUAAAAUCCAAAGGCACGUCCCUGACAGCUGAAAACAGCGCGGGGAGGAAUAAUGCGGACACUUUUGAGGAGAAGUUACACCUCCACUCAGCACUCUGGACUCCACGAUGCCUUUGAGUCUGUUUUCCCAACCUCCUGUGGGCCUCAAGGGUAGAAACCUGCCGGGCUGUUGUUUUAACGAGGAUUUCCCUGAAGCUAUGUCUGUAGCAGUGAGUAUACUCAUAAAGGACACUGGAUCAAGUUCAGCCACGGAAUUGCUUUUAUCAGUGUUAAAGUGGUCUGGACUGCUUGCUACCAAUCUGUGAGAAGUUUCUGUUUUGUUUUUCAACUUGUAAUAUAUCAUGGAGCCACUCUUCAAGUAGAUUGGCUGGGCAAAAGAAUGUUUUGGAAAGAGUGUUACUCUAGAAGACCUUUCUCCCUCCUUCCUUUUACUACCAUUUUUUUAAACACUGUCAUCUGUAGGUCACUCUCCAGCAGUUAGACACCUUAACUGGAGACCAGAAACCUUCCAGAGGAGAGAGGGCUGCAUCCUGACCAACUCUCUGAAGAAGGGAAUUAGGCUUUAGAUUUUGUCAGCUGUGUUUCAGGCUAAUGGACAUUAGCAUAAGGUACCAUGACAAAAUAGCCCAGCCUUAAAGUAAUUUGGGAACAGAAGCUGUCAGAAAUUUCUAACUUACAAACUGGUUUGAAAUUUUUGAUGCCCAGACAACACGUAUAAACUUGUUUUGGAGGCUUACUUUUCGUGAUGCAAAAGCAAUUCUGUGUGACUAUAAAAAAGAAGAAAGAAAAUGCAAGCUAGUUUUGAGAAAUGAAGGCCAAAUUGGGUUGGGGGAGGGUGGGAGUAAGGAAGUUAAAAUCACUAUAGGGAGAAAAAAACUUUUUUCAAGAUUUCCAAAGAGAUGACAUUUUCUUAAUCCUUUAAGUUUUCAUGGUAAACAGUAUGUCAGAUUGGGUUGGUUGUCCUACCUAGUCUAUUUUUAAAAGUCACUUUUUAAAGUGACAUUAUUAGAUACGCUUAACUGUUUUGAAGGCACUCUGUGCAUUACUCUUCUUUUCCUCUUUGGAUGGUGUCCUGGGACUAAGUGUUGAUUUCUGCUUCAAACACUUUUGGCACUGGGUGUGUAUGCCUUCCCUCAUGCCACUCCAGAUGUUUAUUUGGAUGUGGCUGAGGACGAGAGCAGACAUCAAGGGAAGGGAAUUGGAGAAUGUGUGCGUCCGACCUAAUCCUAUUCACAGAAUUGUAAUCCGUGUAUAGGAUUGCCGUGAUACACACCCUCCUUUCUUGGGAUUAUACCAGCCAUCUUGCUGAGAGUUUUGGAGCCCUCUAAGAUAUUUUUUCUAGUACCUCACCCCUAAAGAAAAGAGCUUAAUGUGUUAAAAUAGGAUUGCUUGGAGAAGGUGUCAUUGAAUUCGAGGAUGAGCUGGAGCCUUUAAAUGGGUGAUUCAACCACUACAGGCUCCUGACAAGAGAAUCAGACACUUUUGCUUAGAAGAACACACAAAGUUGCUGAACACAGGGUAAAAUUUCCAAGGCGCUGAUCAUUGCUCUGGCCAGGGCUUGAUGAGAGCCAGUCAGUACAUCCUUUUUUUCCUACAAUUCUUGGGUUUCAAACUUCAGUUUCAGGGAAUUUCAAGUCAACAACAGGUAGAAUGAAUAAACUUGGUUACCAGCCUAAUAAUGUGAAUUGCUACAGAAUUUAUUAUGUAAGAAAACAAAAACUUUGUGCAGAUACUUUAACUAUAAGUUGAUGUAAAAUACUGAUUUUUUUUUUUAAAGGAAGGAGAGAACAGUAUCUUGUUCAAUUAUUAUGCAAUCAGUGAGUAAAUGUUUUUAAAAUGAUACUACAAGAGAGCUUAGUAAGGAGAGAGCAUAGAUGGGCCAGUUUGGCAUAGUUAGGAGAAAUCAAUCUGGUUUCCAUCCCAGUGGGGAAAGAGAGAAGAGGUGAGAGGGAAUCAGAACGUACCUAGUUGAUUCCUUGGUGACAAGUGCAAUGGGGUAUGGGUAGAAUUUAUUUUCAGAGCCAAGGGGACUUGAUGGUUAUAAAUAAAGUUGCCUUUAGCAAUGGAAUUUAUAGACAGAUCACGUUGUUCCAAAAGAUGUGAAUAAGCUCCACGAUAAGUUGAUUCAGAAUAAUGUAGAUAUUUAGAUUAGCAAGUAUUGAACAUUUGAUUUCUUAGACUGAGGUUUUAAUUGAAUUUCAUUAUGUCUCCCGGUAACACACAGAGCAUCGGGGUUAGGAAAUUAGCCAUUUUGGAUUCUGCCUGCCACAAACAGACCUAUUCUAAACAGUGCUAUUAAAUUUUAGACUGUUGUUCAAAUAUUUUAUUUUCUCCUACAACUACUUUUUAUUAUGAACAAUUAAGACCAUUUAAAACACUGAAGUAUUUUUUUAAUUAAAUUAACUUGCAAAAACCAAAUUUGCAGUGGUUGGGUUGUUUCUAGACAGACUUUGGUAUCAAUUUAAAACCAAGAUAAUUUUUAUAUUCUUUCCAAUAGAAUUUCAUGACAACUCCUGCAAUUUUCUUAACCUACAAAAAAAAAAAAAAAGUGCUGCAAUGAUGAACAAAGAAUUAUACAAAACCUACUUUUGUAUCUUUAUUUUGGAAUUUCCUGUUCUAUUAUAAAUAUGGAAGUAUCCCUAUUUCAGAAGACAUAUUUUGUUAAAAAUGAAUUGUACAUAUUUAAAUAUGUAUUUUUGCACACGUCUUUUUUUCUGAUACCCUGUUUUGGUACAACUGAGAUCAUCUAGUAUUUAUUUAUUAAUUAAUAAAAGUAAAUACCUUUUUAUAAUUUGAAGUGGUUCACUGCCAAGCCAAUAGUUCUAGAACCUGCCUCCUUUACAGUUUAAGGGAUGCCUCUGUUCUGUGAAAGUCUUUGUCUCUUUUAAUGUCUUGGGAAUGGAUUCAUACAGAUGAAAGUGGGCAUUGCUUCUCCCUAGUUGCCUGGUUUCCCUGGUUUCCCGGUAGACUACAUGUAACUAAGUGACACACUGCUUUUCUUUUGUUAGUAUUUUAUGUGUGAGAGUGAGUGUGUGAUUGUGUGUGUGCGCGUGUGUGUACACUCUGAGCACAUGAGUGUUAGUAUGUGAUGUGGUUUAAAACUAAUGGAAAAAACUGAAAGUGCCUGAACCUAGUUUUAAGCUUAGACAGAAUCUCUUUAAAAAGACUUGAAUGUUCAGUUGAACUUUUUGGAGUUUGCUUUUUCCACCUAAAUAUUGUUUCUAAAAUUUUAGAGGAGGAGUUGAGAACCAUCAAUGCUUCUAAUUUUGUAAGGUAUUGUAAAAUUAAGACCUUUUGGUUCAUAGUAAUUCAGUUUUCAAUUGGUGAUGGAUUGCCUGGUGACACCAAGAGUUACAAAUCUUUUUGUCAGCCAUCAACUUACACGAUGUGUCCAUUUUGUUAUUCACUCAUGAAAUACAAUUUAAAAUAUUUUGUAUUCCAAAAAUAUAAUACAAAGAAGUACCUCUGAGAACAUUGAAAAAAUGUAUAAUUUGAAAAAUGUAACUUAUAAAGGCAGCUGUCUUCCUGCAAGAGUUCUGUUGCCAAGGAAUUUCUUAAUGUCUCUCAUUCUGUCCGGGGAGGGGUUGGGGGGAUUGGGCUUUGAAAAAUUGUUGUUAAAAAUUUCAUUGUUUAGCAGAAAAUAAUCAUUUUUACAUUUUGUGCAAACAUUUUACCUUUUCAGAUCAUUUAAAUGAGCACUACAUACUGUCAGUGUGAAUGUAGGGCCUUGAAAGCAUUUUGCUAUUUUUUUUUUUUUGAGCUUGGUUAUAAAAGCAAUCUCCUGUGUUAAAAACGUGUGAAUAGUUUGAUAAUUUGUACACAUAAUCAAGAGCAUCUCAGCUGGACUUUGUGUUGGCUGCUGUAUAGAACAUGAACAAAUGUCAAGGGAUAGAAAAUUACUUUGGAUAUUUAAAAGAGAAGAAAUAUAUAGUCUAUUUGUUUUGUAACAAGUUUCUGUAAAUAAAAUAAUUUAUACUAUUUAUAAGAAAA